UUCCGGCGGGUCAGGCCCUCGGAGGCGGUGACUGGAGGAGGUGUAGGGCACGCCAUUACCGGCUUGGGCGGGCUCUCUCGGGGAGGGAUUUGUGGGUAAAUUAGGUCUCCCGCCCGCCGAGGAGAUGGAUGAGGACGGGCUUCCCCUCAUGGGGUCAGGCAUAGACCUGACCAAGGUGCCUGCUAUUCAACAGAAGAGAACGGUGGCCUUUCUAAACCAGUUUGUGGUGCACACUGUGCAGUUCCUCAACCGCUUUUCUACCGUGUGUGAGGAGAAACUGGCAACCCUUUCUCUACGUAUCCAGCAGAUUGAAACAACUCUCAAUAUUUUAGACGCAAAGUUGUCUUCCAUCCCAGGCCUUGAUGAAGUCAGAUUUGAAGUAUCUACUUUAAGUGUCACAGAUGACUCACGUUCGGAAACUGCGCUGGAGCCAUCACAGAAUGGUGUGCGAGGCUCUGGACCACAGGAAAAUGAGGUAUCAGCAGAAAAUAUCGUAACUGUAGCCAAGGAUCCAAGAUACGCCAGAUAUCUCAAAAUGGUUCAAGUGGGUGUUCCAGUGAUGGCAAUAAGGAACAAAAUGAUGUCAGAAGGUCUGGAUCCAGAUCUUCUUGAAAAGGCUGCUGCCCAACCACAGCCUGGAGCCUCAAUUCCGACCCAUUACCUCAUGAGUGCUGUGCCAUUGGUUAUCAGGGGCGCUGGUUAAAGUGGAGAUGACUCACAAAAACUUGACACGACUAAUAGCAGAUCAGUUCCAACUGCAGAUAAAUAGGUAUGAUAAGUGGAGUCCACCACCUUAUUAACAAGGAUUCUGGCACUUUGGAUAAUGAUGCUUACAUAAAGGUUAAGGAACCUCACUUUGGGAGAAGAGAAUAUGAGGAAAGAUAAGAAAAUGUGCCAUCCGAGGGAAAAGUACACUUUUAAUUAGAAUGUUAGGUACUAUUGAGCCUCAAGCAAGACCUUUAGUAAAC